AUGGCUGAGUCCCAGCGCCGCCCCCGUGUCUUCUUUGACAUUCAGAUCGGUGAACAGAAGGCCGGUCGCAUUGCUCUCGAGCUGGUCAUUGUUCCCAAGACCGCAGAGAACUUCCGUGCACUCUCCACAGGCGAGAAGGGCGUGGGCAAGCAGGGCAAGCCAUUGAGCUUCAAGGGUUCCAUCUUCCACCGUGUGAUCAAGCAGUUCAUGAUCCAGGGUGGUGACUUCACUGCAUUCAACGGCACUGGCGGUGAAUCCAUCUACGGCGAGAAGUUCCCCGACGAGAACUUCGACCUCAAGCAUGACCGGCCUUUCCUCCUCUCCAUGGCCAACUCCGGCCCCGGCACCAACGGCAGUCAGUUCUUCAUCACUACUGUCCCCACUCCUCACCUUGACGGCAAGCACGUCGUCUUCGGCGAGGUAAUCAACGGAAAGAGCGUUGUUCGCAAGAUCGAGAACAUGUCUACUCAGGCAGACAAGCCCACCACGGACGUCACCAUUGUCGACUGCGGCGAGCUCACCGGCCAAGACUACGAGGAUGCCGACAAGCAGACCCCUGAUGCAACUGGCGACCCCUACGAGGAUUUCCCCGAUGACCACCAGGGCGAGCAGCUGAGUGCUCCUGUGUGCUACAAGAUCGCCGCUGAGUUGAAGAACUUCGGAAACGCCGCCUUCAAGAGCGGCAACAUCGCCCUUGGUCUCGAAAAGUACCAGAAGGGUUUGCGCUACCUCAACGAGUUCCCCGAGCCCGACGAGCAGGACCCCAAGGAGCUUGGCCCCCAGAUGAAGGCUCUCCGCUUCACCCUCCACUCUAACUCUUCCCUCCUGGCGAACAAGCUCGGCCAAUGCAAGGACGCUCAGACCUGGGCUACUUACGCCCUCGAUGUGGCUGCUGCCGCCGAGGCCAAGGAUGCCGAUAAGGCCAAGGCGUAUUACCGCCGUGCCGUCGCCCUGAGCGGCCUGAAGGAGGAGGACGAGGCCCUGAAGGACCUCCAAGAGGCCGAUCGUCUGGCCCCCGGUGACGCUGGUAUUACCAACGAAAUCGCCAAGGUAAAGAAGGCUCUUAAGGAUCGCGUGGCUAAGGAGCGCGCUGCCGCUCAGAAAUUCUUCUCGUGA